GCCCGCUGUCUGGCUGGCCGCCGGGCCCGGCCCUGCGUAGCUCCGUUAUGGCGGCUGAGAGCGGGCGGCAGUUCUGGAAGCGGAGCGCCAAGCUGCCGGGCAGGGGUCGUGGUGCUGAUGGUUGCACUUGGUGAUCUUGGAGGUCUUUUCCAACCGUAAUGAUUCUGUGACAUCCGUUGGACUGGAGAGGCAGCCUAAGUUUGUGGCAACUAAAGAGAAAGCACUUGAGUACUGUGCAUCCCUCCUCUCUCUCCUGUGGGAGGAUGGUGCUGUGCGGUCCCCAGGUUGCUCUGGUCCCUGCGAUCCCAUCCCUGGAUGUUGUGCUGGGCUCUGCUGCCAGCACCUCUCUUGCACAGAUGAUGACUUUAGAGCCAGCUUGGAAAGUUCAAACCAGGUGAACCGGUCUGGGAGGCAGUUCCUGCACAGACAAUGCGCUCGACAUCAAGGCUUGUCAGAGCUCUCCCCUCCUAACAGACAAUGGAAAAUACCCUGUCCUGUGUUGUGGAGGAAGCUCGUUACCAGUUCCGUAUGCUCUGUGUGCCAGUCCUUUCCAGACAUUCUUACUAAUAAAUUGUUUCAUGUCUCCGGGGCUGCCUUGCAUCUUUUGCACUGGGAGUUCUCAACCUUGGGAUUCUUUUGGGGUGUGCUGGCAGGUUGGUCUGGUGUGUUGUCCUGUGUGAUGCAUUGUUUAUUUCCUGCCAUAUAGAGAGUUGAGUAGUAAGGCAUCAGUGUGUGUGUUGUUUAAAUGCUCUUUUAAAAAAGGGAGAAGCUGAGAGAGUCUGCUGGGAAUAAAACAUCUUCAGUCUCUGCAGUUGCCCUAACAUGCUGAAGAUGUGCUGCAGUGCCCAUAACCUGAGCCCUGCCACGAUCUGCCCGUAAGAGGUGUAACGCAGGUUCCACAGCAGAGCUCAGGCACAGAUUGCAUCAGGCACUGGGUAGGGAGGUGAUGGGAAGUACCUUGUCCCACCGAGCUCUAAAGUAGGACAGGGGACUUGUGCUGUCAGUCUGGGAGCACAGCAUCAGCACAGGUCUCAACUCCUGACUCGGUGGUAUUUGCUAACACAUGGUGCUUGCCGUGAGCUUUCCAUGUGUGCAAAAGUCAGAGUUAAGCUUGGAGACAGCCAGUUCAUCUAAAUGAUGCACUAGGGAGAGCCAGGCGAGUGAAUAAAUGAAGUAUUUACUGGUUGCCAUUUGCUGCCCUGCCUCUGUUUUCUGAGCUGUAGCAGUGGGAUCUGCUGAUGCAGCUUUGUGAGGCACUUUAAGAUGCGCUGAGAGUCAGUGAUGGGCUGAGCUGGAGGAGCAGGAUCAGGCACUGAGUCUGCUCAGGUUCUGUGGUGCAAAGUUGCCAUCUGGCAGCUGUGAAGGUGUGUGCAUGUCUCAGGUCACCUGUUGCAUGUCUCGGAGUAUUUGCUCUGCUUCCUUUCCAGCUUGCUUUUUAUGUACAUGUAUAUAUUUAUAUACAAACGUAUGUGGGAUGGUGGUACUCAGCUGUACCUGUCACCUUCAGCUGCCUGUGUGGGAGCUCCAGCAGAUGUGCUGUGCAAUGGAUCAGCCUGGGAUGCUUCACCUGUGGGAGCCUGGGCUCUUCACAGAAGAUCUGCCUAGGAUGGAACACUGCUGUUGUGUCAGCCGUUAGCAGCUGCAGCAGCAUCUGAUUGCUUCAGAGCAUCAGGAAGGGAUUUCUUCAUGCACUGCUGGCUCCCGCAUCCCCUAUUCUGACUGUUCAUUUUGCUGAUGAGCAUCACACAGACCCACGUGUGGUUUUCGUCCCUUCAUGUGGGAGUCAGGUCAUGUACCUGUUGGUAGCAUGUGGAUGUUCCUGGGCAAUGCUGGUCCCCUCACAGGGAAGAGCAGUGCUGUGACUGUUGUUAGAAGGUGUUGUGAGCUUGGAAAGACUCUGCAGGCUCCUCUCCUGUGGGGAGCUGCCAUGAGUCAUUUGGAAACAGCUUUUUUUAACCCCAGUAAUCUUUUUGCUCUGCCCACCCGUGAGUUUGCCUCUGUUUAAUAGCUGUCCUGACUGCUCAAUGCUAAUUACUCAGAAGACUCUUUGCUAGCCCUGACUGGAGGUGUGCCAACACAGGGAGCCUUUCAGCACUUCCAGCAGCCGCCCUUUGCAGCUAGAGCCCACCCCUCUUUGGCCUCUCUGUGUUGUGGCUGUUCCCAGCCUCUGCCCUGGGUCUCCAUGCCUCUCCCUUCCAGAUGGACCUGUUGCUGUCACUUCCCUGGCACCCACUUGUCCUUUGCUGGCUCUCCAACUGCACCAGGCUGUGAUCUUCCCCCUGCCACAGCCAGACUCCAUCUGAGGCUCCCGGAAAGCCCCAGUGACCUGAGGGAAGCCUGUCCUUUGUGUGCCAGCUCUGAAUCUGCCCUUGUCUCUGCCGUGGGAUGUGGGGCUGUGCUGUGUAGUGGGGCUGCAGAGGGCUGGUUGUGUCCAGAGCUCCAAGUGUGACUUUUGGGGUGGCACGGCUGUGAAUAGUUUCCCAAACUGAGGUAAUAACUGAGGAUCUCUGUCUCACUUCCCCAGCCUGUAAAACUAGCGAUGAGUGGUGUCUGUUAGCUCCUUUUUGAGGCAGUGCUCCCCUGCAGUGCCAACAGCCCCCGGGCUCUCUGUGCCCUGGAGCACUUGCCCAGCUCCACAGGGGCUGAGCCAUGACUUGUUCCAGACCACAUAGGAAGUGGUUGGUUAAGCUGGGAUUUGGACCUGCAUCAAACCUUGUACUGGAGGCUGCUUUGUUGUAACGUUGGCUGCAAGCCUGAGUGCCAGUGUGGGGCAAACCCUCAGUGCUGAGGAGUCCCAGUGUUGCUGGAUAGAGUCCUUCCCUAUUGUGGAGGGCUCAGAGGUGUGGAUUCUCUAACCCAGACAACUUUUGGAUGAAAAAGAGAAUGAAUGUCAGUGCUUGUGGCAGGUGGCUGAAAUGAGCAGAGAGCAGAUCUGUGCUCGAGGAAGCACAUCCCAAUUCAGGCUGGCAAGAGCCUAGGAAUUUAAACAAAGCUUCUCUUUGCUGCUGCAAAGAACAAAUCUUCAGCUAAUUGUGGCUCUUUGGAUCUAAGGUUUUGAAGGCAGAAGCUUACAGGAGUUGAUUUUGGUCUGUAUUUGGAUCCCAACAGCGUGCAAGAGGUGUUACCCCAGUCCAGGCUGAGCAGACCAUCCGUGGGUGCCCUGAGAUAUUUUGCACUGUCUCUUUCUUUUUCCCUCCCUGCAGCAUUCAGCCUGUCUAUGGAGCACAGCAUCCUCCACUGGAUUCCCGCCUCACCAAAAACAGGAAGAGGCAGCACUGAUCUGCGUGGCCUCCUUGUCCCUAUCUCGUGCCGUGCAGCAGUGAACGUUCCUGUCCAUGACGCUUCAGCUGGUGGACUUUGACUCCUGCUGCUUAAGGGUAAAUGGAAAGGCUCCUCCUGCACCUGAGAAAAGAAACAGCCUGGUCUGUCUGCUGGGAGUGACUACAGCUGUGCCGGGAGCUUCCAGGAGCAUAGGCUGGUUCUGGCAUGCCUCUCUCCAGCUUCAUCAAGGACCGCUCCAAAGCCAACGUGCUGCCUGUGAAAAGUAAGAAGGCCUCCAGCUUUCAUGAGUUUGCCCGCAGCACCAGUGAUGCCUGGGACAUCGGUGAUGAUGAAGAUGAAGACUUCACUUCCUCUUCUUCCUCUUUGCAAACUUUGAACUCUAAAGUGGCCAAGGCCACAGCUGCGCAGGUCCUGGAGAACCACAGCAAAAUGCGGGUGAAACCUGAGAGGACCCAGCCUGCUCUCAGUGACGUGCCCACCAACUGCAAGGUCAACAAGUCCAGCAGCGAGGCCCAGCUCUCCAGGAUGUCUGAGGAGACCUGUGUGCGGACCCCCCUCCAGAAGCAGCAGUCCCUCCCCCUUCGGCCUGUCAUUCCACUUGUUGCCCGAAUCUCCGACCAGAAUGCGUCGGGUGCUCCCCCCAUGACGGUGAGGGAGAAAACCCGCCUGGAGAAAUUUCGGCAGCUCCUUUCCAGCCAUAACACAGACCUGGAUGAGCUGAGGAAAUGCAGCUGGCCUGGCGUGCCCAGAGAGGUCCGGCCUGUGACAUGGCGUCUCCUCUCAGGUUAUCUCCCUGCAAACAUGGAGCGUCGGAAGCUAACCUUACAGCGCAAGCGGGAGGAGUACUUUGGCUUCAUCCAGCAGUACUACGACUCCCGGAAUGAGGAGCACCAUCAGGACACGUACCGACAGAUUCACAUCGACAUUCCAAGGACCAACCCACUCAUCCCCCUCUUUCAGCAGCCGCUUGUCCAGGAGAUCUUUGAAAGAAUCCUGUUUAUAUGGGCCAUUCGACACCCAGCCAGUGGCUAUGUACAGGGAAUCAAUGACCUGGUCACUCCAUUCUUUGUUGUGUUCCUCUCUGAAUAUGUUGAAGAGGACGUGGAGAACUUUGAUGUGACAAACUUGUCACAGGAUGUUUUACGGAGCAUCGAAGCUGAUAGUUUCUGGUGCAUGAGCAAGCUGCUGGAUGGGAUACAGGAUAACUACACCUUUGCACAGCCAGGGAUCCAGAAGAAAGUCAAAGCUCUGGAGGAGCUUGUGAGCCGGAUUGAUGAGCAGGUACAUAAUCACUUUAGGAAGUACGAAGUUGAAUACCUGCAGUUUGCCUUUCGUUGGAUGAACAAUCUGCUCAUGAGGGAGCUGCCUCUUCGCUGCACAAUCCGCCUUUGGGACACCUACCAGUCAGAGCCAGAGGGGUUCUCGCAUUUCCACCUCUAUGUCUGUGCCGCCUUCUUGAUCAAGUGGCGGAAGGAGAUCCUGGAUGAGGAAGACUUCCAGGGCAGAGGACUGAACGGUUGGACAAAUACCAGCUCUUUCCUAGGUUUGAGCUUUGGGCGCAGUGAGUCCUACAGUGGCUGCCUUUUGCUGUCUGAUUGUAACACUGGAUGGGAGCACCCUUUCUUGCAAGAGGGCCUUCUAAUGUUGUUACAAAACCUGCCGACGAUACACUGGGGCAAUGAAGAAAUCGGGCUCCUCCUUGCUGAAGCCUACAGACUCAAGUACAUGUUUGCAGACGCUCCCAAUCAUUACCGCCGAUAGGUGCCAGGACUCAACUCCCUCCUCUGCCCACCUCCUCCUCCUGGCCCAUCUGAUCACUGUGGCAUUUUGUCAUCCACGUCCUCGGAUGCUUCAGCUGGGAACUGCUCUUCGCUGUACAAAGCUCACGUUGACUCAACUCUUCUGCGUGCCUGUCUGCCACUCCACACACCUGGAUGUGCCACUCCAACCACUGUCAGUAUUUCACUCUGUGCUGGGGGCCUGAGCCAGGGAGAGAAGCUUGAAGGGGCAGGGGACAGCUCUACAGAUAACUGAGCUCUCCCAGCCCUGCCUUGGGCUUGUCCAGCUGCUGAUUGCCUUGCUAUGCUGUGACACGUUUGCCCACUGCUGCACCUGUGUACACACAUGCUCGUGCCUCACAUGUGUGUGCUGCCCCGUCUGCUCCCUUCUCUCUUCAGCUGCAGUUUGAUCCAGCUCCCAGACAAAAAUGCCUUAUCAGUGACUGGCUGGAGAACUUCCCUGGGGCUGCAGGGCGAGAAGUUUCUCAGGGCCCAGCUUCAUUCCUCAAGCCUUCUGGGAUCACGAGGGAGCUGCUCCCACCUGCCCUCUCCUCUCCCUCCUCUUUGCCUUUCUUCAGGUGUGAGACAGCGUGGUGGGCACGGUGGGGGUUAACCCCCCCAUGUGCUCUGCAUGAUGCACACCGCUGUGACGAGACGCUCUGAUGUGCCAUCGGCGUGAGGGCAGCAGGGGGACUUCUGAAACUCCUUGCACAGCCCCCACUCUUCCGAGGCGUUCUGUGUAUAUUGUGUUCUUGUGUAUAUGGGUCAGAGAUGUACAAUAUAUGUCCUCCAUUUGUAGCAGAUAUGAUUUUAUAUUUAUAACGUGGGUCCCUCGUUCUCCCUGUCCUCUCCAUGGCCUCCCACCUCCCCUCUGGAUUGGGGUGAAGUCAGAGCCACGGGUAUUUCUGCCCUGACAUGUUUGGAGUGUUGAGUUUGUCAGGAAGGUGUGUGUCAGAAACGUGUAUCUCGAGGCUUCCCCUGCAACGAGGAGUGUGGGAGUUGGAAGGGGAUGGGAGCUGAGAGCAGGUUGAGGAGAUACAGGGUAUGGUGCUGCAGGGCACCAUGGUGCCAGUGCCACCAGUGGGCUCUUGGGCACCAAAGAUCCCCAGUGCGGUGCUGGCUGUGCCUACUGCUCCCUACAGUGCGGAUGCAUCCUCCGAGAGAACGCAGCCAGAAACCACCCUGGGUUCUUAAAUGAAACCAAUUGUGAAUGUUUUAUCAGGCUGGUUUCCUUCUGUCUCCCUCCUGCGGAGGGCUGCAGGGGGGGGAGAAAUAUGACCCCACAUUUCUUGGGGCAGAACAUGGAGGUGCCCUGUGGGAAGGGGCAGCAGGGGCUGAGCAUGUGAAAAGCAGAGCCUUGUUGCCAAUAAAACUCCAGUGUCUCAAGAAA